UUCGGACCCCCCCCCCCCGCCGCCAGCUUUUGGUGUGUCGGCCAGCUAGCCCGCCUGCCUGCCACCUCGCCUCUCCAUUGCCACCAAUACAAUUCCCCGGGUCGGCAGCACUUGCCUUUUCUCUUGUGGCGGUUUUCCUUUGUCUGCACCACAACUACUCCUGGAUUUCGGCCAUUUCGCCCUCCGGCGCCUCUCUACUCCGCCUCAACGCUCGCUCCAUCGGACAUUUCACUUCUUAAACGUUGCCGCACUCAUCCAUCGUCGAAGAUGAACAGGCAUUAUCCUCAUAUGCACCCUGCGACGAUGGACGUGGUUGCUGGUGGUCCCGCUGCAACCAUGCGGCCGGCCGCCUCUGCAUCAAAUUCCCUCGACGAUAGCCUAACAGAUAUUGGCUGGGUCUCAGAGACACACGCCGGUACACAUGACUGCUUGUCUACGCCCAUGAAGCGGAAACCUCGAACAGCGCAGCUCUCAGAUCUUGCCACAUCCGAACACGUUAUUGACAUCAUCCGCGCCGCAGACUUGAGCGAGUAUGAUGACAAGAAGCCGCCGUUCAGUUACGCAACCCUCAUUGUGGCGGUGAUUGCCGUGAGCAGAAAGGGACAGCUCACCCUCAACGAAAUUUACAAGGGCCUCUGCAGCAUGUUCCCGUACUUUGCAACAACACAAUCUGGAUGGAAGAACUCCAUCCGGCACAAUCUGAGUCUCCACAAGUACUUCAAGCGGGUGCCCAAGAAAGAGGGCGAGCCGGGCAAAGGAUCAUACUGGACCGUCAACUGCGAGGAAUUCGUAGAAGCACAAAACGCCAUCCGUCCAACCGCACCCAACAUCAAGGUGUGUGAUGACGAUAUGCUGGUGCCGCAGCCUGAGUUUGAGCUCUCCUAUGCCAACGACUCUGGCUUGCACUCGUCCACAUACGGCAUGGAUGGCUCAUAUGUGAGCAGCAACGCCACCUUCCACCAACAAGGCCACAUCCACCCCGCACACCCCUCCGCAACACCACCAGCUGCCAUGUACUUUUCGACGCCUGCUGCGUCUGGCACGAGCAUACCCAGGACGCACGACGCGUCAUCAUCAUCAGCAGUACACCGCCAACGACCAGCAAGCGCAACACCGACAUGCACACAAAACGCCGGCACAUCACAACUCCAGCAGUGCCAUCAGCAGCAGCACGAAGCAAUACAGCGCUCCCUGUCCUGUGCGAGCGCACCCCCGAGCAUGCACGACUCCCCAUACUCGCUCGGCCACUUCCAACUACCACAGCAGCAGCACCAACAACAGCAGCAGGCGAAGCACAACAGCGGCAGCGCGCGCGAUGACGAAAACAAAGGCAGCAGCACCAGGAGAAGCAGCGGCAGCAAGGGCCACAGCAAAAGUCGCAAGAGCAAGAAGAAGUCCAAACACUCGCGGCACAAGAAGCACGGCACACGCGUGCUCGCUGAUCGCACCAACACCAUGUCACGGCAUGGUAAUGACAGUGGCAUGGACACAAGGGAGGAUGGGCUCGCGUGCAAGGCGCCAAAGGUUAACACCGCUCCAACACACGCACGCAACUGGCAGCAACAGCAACCGCGCAUGCACGCGUUUGGUGGGGCUCACCAGCACCCUUCCGCCGCGCUUCCCAGCCCACUGGCACAGCCUGGCACCACAAGUUCGCCUUCCUGUGCUGUUGGCCUCGUAUUCUCGUCUCCGCAGGGCAAAUCCGCCCGCAAACAUGCGCAACAACAGCGCAAGGACAAGUCACGUGGCGGCCGCGGCACCACCAGCGGAACCAACAGCAGCUCACACCUUGCACAUGCGCAGCAAGCGGUGGUGAAAACCGAGCCCAUGUCCGAUGUCAGCGAGCCCAUCCAGCAGCAGGGCGGUGAAGGUGAAGCGCAGGAAUCGGUGGUGGCAGGCGCAGACAUGUCUUCGGCAGUUCCCAUGACACCACCACGCCUCAUGGGCGUGGACGUUGGGUUCUUCACGUCGCCCGUCGCUGCCACGCACGGCGCGUUUAUGCUCUCCUCCCCUCAGGCACGGGGCUACUUCCAGCACUCGUACGCUCACGCCUCGGGCCAAACCACAUACCCUCAGCAACCGCAGCAACACCAACAACAGCAGCAACAGCAGCAACAACAAUACCAGCAGUAUCAAUACCACCAGUACAUGUCUCAACAGUACUCGCAGCAGCCGAUGCAAUCCACAUCGGCAUACCCGCCGCAGUCGCAGCAGCUGCUUGGCACGCCUGGGCGGGGUGGGCUGUUUAUGGUCCCACACUCGCCCAUCCGCUUCCUUGGCUCGCCCGCGCGUGGUGGUGUGCCCGAUUUCGUUGCUUCCUCCCCUAUGAGGGGAUACCAGCUCUUCUGAGCGUGCACAUGUGUGCGCUCUCUGUGUGUGCUGUGUGUGCUGUGU